AUGCUAAGAAAAAUGAUGCCAACAUUCAAAUUUUAUGACAUUGGUUUGAAUCUCACCGAUCCUAUGUACCAGGGAAUAUACAAUGGCAAAAAGUACCACGAAUGUGAUAUCAAAAAUGUCUUACACCGAGCAAAGCUUUCUAGGGUCCAGAAUAUGCUUCUGACGGGGUCCUCGAUUCAAGAAUCCCAGGAUGCCAUUCAACUCGCCCACCAAUUUCACAAUGAAGACGUAAACUUGUAUUAUACCAUAGGAGUACAUCCCUGUUGUGUAAACGAGUUUAUUUUGAAAGAUACGCAAUCCACAAUCGAUAAUCCGACGGAUGAUGUUGAGUUUAACGCGAAAUUAGAUGUAUCUGAUCUGAGUUUCACCAAAUCAAAGCUUCGAGAACUCUAUAAGCUGAUAUCUGAGAAUUCUACGGACCCUCAGUUUAGGGCCAUCGGUGAAAUAGGGCUGGACUACGACCGUUUUUACUACUCAUCCCAGAAGAUGCAACUCCUUUUCUUCGAAGAGCAACUAAAAUUAAGCUGUCUAUUUCCGAACCUGCCAUUAUUUCUGCACAUGAGGAAUUGCUGCUCUGAUUUUAUCGAGAUACUAAAGAAAUUCGUCACCGGUUUUGUUGACAACACGGACCGAUUUGACGUUAAAGACCUACUCAAAGACAUCAAAAGUACUCAACAAGGCUUGCCCUCUUUGAAAGAAAGUGGCGGUGUGCACUACAAGUUCUCCCCUCAGCGUAAGUUUGUCACGCAUUCUUUCACCGGCUCUGUGGAAGAUCUGCAAGAUAUUAUGGCAUUGUCCGAAAAUUCAUACAUUGGAAUGAAUGGAUGUUCUUUUAAAACUCAGGAGAAUAUCAAAUGCCUGAAGGCGGUUUCUCUGGAUCGUCUUUUGCUGGAAACAGACGCUCCAUGGUGCGACAUUCGCAGAACGCAUGAAUCCUACAAGUAUUUAUUUGAAGACUCUGCCAGAGAAGCGGGCGCAGACGAUCCGUGGUCUCUUGGGCUUUCACAAGCAUAUCCUGACAUUCAAGAUUGGUUCAAAUCGGUCAAGCGCGAUAAACUUCAUAAAAAAUCGAUAGAGGAACGUGCACAAACCACUGUCAAGUCUCGAAACGAACCCUGUUUUAUGGGACAUGUCGCAACUGUAGUGGCGAAUGUCAAAGAAAUUCCGAUCGAAGACGUAGCUAAUAAAGUAUGGGAUGUGACGUGCAAAGUUUACGGUCAAUAG